AUGACUCAAGAACCGAGGAAAAAACGAUCCAGAAAUGGAUGUCUUAGUUGCAAACAAUUGAAGAUUAAGUGUAAUGAGGCCAAACCUGCUUGUGAAUAUUGUGUUCAUAGACAUAGGGAAUGCAUUUAUCCAACUUCGAAUACCAAAACUAGAAUUCAAACCCGUCAGCAUCACCAUGCCAAGAAAUCAUCUACAUCAAUUGAAGUGCUAGAUACAACUACAACUGCAACAUCAACAACACCAGUACUGGAUGCAUUUGACUCGAUAGUCACUUCACCUAGCUUCACAACAGCCUCACCUUUAUUCGAUGAAGAAAAAACACCAUCACUGAUUCUUUAUGGUGGUGAAUUUAGUUCUCGAACUAAAACACUACUACUUCAAAAGUUCAACAAUGAACACCCAACCCAUGCAGAUUUCCUUACACGAAGUUUGAUAUUGAAUCAAACAUCAACUAUGCUUGGCCUUCUGAGAUUUGAAUUGCGAUUAUUGAAAUUUUUCGACAUGCAUUGUAUCCACAUGUUUUCAUUUGGAGUUAAUCCAGGAAUUCACAAUGCUUGGAAGUACAAAGUGCCUCGAUUGUUUAUGGAGAGUGAAUUGGUUCGACAACUGAUGUUUUCAUUUGCUGCUGUUGUGUUGGGUACUACAUUGCCGUUAUCGAAUACACAAAGAACAGAUAACGGCGAGAAGGCUGUUGAUGUUGAUGAUGAUAUGUUUGAUGCAUUAGCUAGACAGGAUGCAUAUCAUGAGUUUGACUCCAUGACGAGACAAAACAUCUAUUCGAAAACCACAACUCAUUUUCUUGAAACGUUGGCCAGAGCACAAGACAAGAUUAAUGAAGUCAAAACGUCUCAUUCAUUCACUGAUACACUUACUGCCAAGGAGUUGACAGUGUCAAGCAUACUUAUCUUUUCAUUCUUGGGUGUACAACCACAUGGAUUAAUCAAACUUAUCAGUUUCAGUCAAGAUAAUGGGACAGAAGAAGACGUGGCCGAGACUGACAUGAUUUCAAUCGCACGUGGAUCUCGAGACAUUGUGCUCAAUUGUGCAAGUACAAUCCUUGAAUCGGAUCUAAGUGGAUUACUUUUUUUCAGAGUCAGUGAUGAACUAAAUAGUCCACCUUUGAAGGAAUGCGAUUAUCCUAUAAUCAAGUACCUUUUACAAGAACUAUAUCUAUUCCAAGACUCAACAACACGUGAGGAAGUAGGAGUAGUCAAUGACACAUCACUGUCGUAUCAAACAUUACAAUUGGCACUCGACUGUUUAACCAAGUCACUUUUCGGAUGCGGCUGUUACAAAUUCCCUAUACCGUUAUUUCGUUUCCUCAUGGUUAUUCCCGAAGAUUUCCGCCGGUUGCUUUAUGCCAAACAUCAGUUUGCAUUAAAGAUGUUGUACAUUUAUGCCGCGUUGUGUUUUGUUGCCAAAUUUCAAAUGUAUAAAGAGUAUAAUAUUUGGCGAGAUUUUGUUGUGUGGUAUAAAGAUGAAGUUGGGCUAGCUGAUACUACAGAGGAACUGUUAUAUCGUCUUGUUGUUAAGCACGGUUAUGGUAUUGCUCAGUUUAUGGAUUUUCCAUUGUUUGACCCUAUCAAAGUGUGUGAUGAAUUGGACCACCCUUAG